AUGGAAAAAUGGAGUUCGCAGGAAGACGCUGUUGUUAUCAAACUCUACGAAGUAUGCGGCCCCCAAUGGGUGACUAUAUCCCGUACGUUAGGCGGUGUCAAGUCUGCUCAACAAUGUUCACAAAGAUGGCAUAGUGCGCUACGUUCCGGAAUUAACAAAAGCCCGUUCACCACCUUUGAACAUGAUACAGUUAGACGGCUGUAUGAAGUCCAUGGUCCUAGGUGGGCUAGAAUUUCUUCAUACUUCCCUGAUCGAACUCCAAAUAUGAUAAAAGCCAGUCGAGAAGAGACACAAGUGGAACAAGAACCAUUCUUUGGUUACAAUCCAAAGACUGGCAUGGAAAGCCUAAUUGUGGUCCCCGUUUCAAAAUCAUCGGCUCAACAAAGUGCUGAUCGUGCUGGAAGGAAAGAAAUCGAUUUCAAUAGAAGCAAUUUGGUACGAGUGGUCUUACAGCUGAAGGCUCUCGGUGAGACAACAUUCUUAGAUUCGGGCUCCCCUGCUCAGUUGAUGGAAGGUCUAAUGGUAGUCCCCGUUUCAAAAUCAUCGGCUCAACAAAGAGCCGGUCAUCUGGAGGCUUAA